UAUAUAGCUUUACACAGUUCUGCAUUAGCCGGACUACAGCAGUUCCAUGUUGUUAAUACUGCUCAACUGUGCUGUGUAUGUUUACGCCAUGUACUUGGCAGAAAAAGUCCUCGUAGGACGAGAAAUCCGUUACCAUGGGAGUGUUGUUGUUCUUCUUUUAAGAGAAGAGAGUUGUGAGGAGACAACAACAUGUGCAGGAUGUAUGAACGUCAUAGAGGAUGACGAGUUCUUCUCAGCUCUCGGCCAAGACUGGCAUACAGAUUGCUUUCGGUGCAGUGCCUGUGAUGUGACACUUAGCAGUUGGUACUUUGAAAAAGAUGGUCUGCUCUUCUGUAAAAAUGAUUACUGGAAGAAGUAUGGCGAAGCAUGUCAGGAUUGCGGAGAGAUCAUCACUGGCCCGGUCAUGGUGGCUGGAGACCACAAGUUCCACCCGGAAUGCUUUGUCUGUACAUCCUGCUCGGCAUAUAUUGGGGAUGGCGAGUCCUAUGCCCUUGUUGAGAGAUCAAAACUGUACUGUGGCCUUUGCUACAAGAGACAAAUGCAGCCAUUGAAUAAAUCCACUUCAUAUAGUAAGAAACCUCAUAGUAUACAACUUAUUGAGCUGCCAGCAAAAUCAGACAACCAACGGAGAAUCAAGUUAAGCGUCGACUCGAGAAAAGGUUUUCCUCUCGCAGGCCUUAGUAACUACAGAGGACUUCGCAUAGCAGAUGUUCCAUCACUCAAAGAAAGAUUACAACAGCUUGAUUCGGCUGCGGAUUUGAUGUCCUUGCAUAUCGGCGACAGGAUCUUAGAGGUCAAUGGAAGACCGGUGCAGGACUAUUGCAUUGAGGAUAUAGAAAAUCUCAUCGCUAGCUCUCAAGACGUGCUGCAACUGACCAUAGAACAUGAUCCAGAGGAAGUGUCAUCACGACGCCAAAGUUUUCCCUUUUUGUCAACGAACCGGCCUGCACUGAGCACUUGCGAUCAGGCAGAGAAGGAGGGGCUGCGGGAGAGAUUAUGCAAGAGAAGAGAUGAAGGAUAUGUUUCUGGCACACAGAGAAGUCGUCAGCUAAGGCGAGGCAGAGGGUGCAAGGAACGAGCCUCAUCACUUCCAAAGUUGUUAGACAAUGACUGUCCUCGGGAAAGUGGUUACUAUGACCUUAGCAGGACAAAGUCGUUCCGUGUCGAGCCAAAGAAUCACCGUAUCUUCCGCGCAUCUGAUCUCACUCAGGGAGAACUCCUUGGUAAAGGCUUUUUUGGACAGGUAUACAAAAUGACUCAUUCAGAGACUGGAGAAGUAAUGGUUUUGAAAGAACUGUACAGAGUAGAUGAGCAAGCGCAGGCAAAUUUUCUUAAAGAGGUUGCAGUUUUAAGAAGUCUAAGUCACAAAAAUGUCCUGCGAUUCAUUGGAGUCUUAUACAAGGACCGCAAGCUACAUUUACUUACUGAAUACAUCUCAGGUGGGACUCUCAAGGAGAUCAUCCAUGCUCUUGAUGAGCCUCUACCCUGGGACCAGCGAAUCAGCUUCGCCAAAGAUAUAGCCUCAGGCAUGGCGUACCUGCAUAAUUGUGAUAUUAUACAUAGGGACCUCAACUCCCACAACUGCCUAGUCAGAGAGGAUAAGACAGUUGUAGUAGCCGACUUUGGUUUAGCUCGUAUUAUGCCUCAAAACAACUGGACUGCCGAGAGAAAGAAGUUUGGUAAAAGACAUGCAAGAAAAAAGAGAUAUACUGUUGUUGGCAACCCAUACUGGAUGGCGCCAGAGAUGAUGAAAGGGAACAAGUACGAUGAAAAAGUUGACAUUUUCAGCUUUGGAAUUAUCUUGUGUGAGAUUAUUGGCCGCGUGGAAGCAGACCCCGACUACAUGCCUCGGUCUAUGGACUUCGGCCUGAAUGAGUCGGUCUUCAAAGCUAAGUACUGUGAGGAAUGUCCAGAGCCUUUUUACAAGAUAGCCUUCUUAUGUUGCAAUGUUAAUCCUGAUGCAAGACCUGCUUUUGAAGUUUUGGAAGUUUGGUUAGAAGGAUUAGCGAUGCAUUACACAGUGGGGGUACCGUUACCUGCUAACCUCCUUGUUGACAUUUAUAACUUCAAUGGGAGGAGCUCCAGUUCUUCAGAAGCAUCCACACCCGAGGCCUUAGCUCCUGACUCUCGGCAUCCGCCUCCCCUCUUGCGCACCAUUAGCGAAGGGACCUACACAACCACUGACAGUUUGAGUCUCGGCUCCUCAUCCUCCUUCACCCUGCAGGACAACCGGAGCUUCGAGUCUCCUGCAGGGUGGAGUCUCAAUGACAGCAUGGAUCUCGAGGACCUGGACACCCUCAACAAAAGCUGGGAGUGCAGCAACGACAACAUCACCUCGCUCGAAAAGGCGGUCAAACUCUCCACGGUAAAAGAUACCGACCAAAGUGCGAAUCCAAACGCAGUGAUAUCGGAGGAGCCGAAAGUUCUCCCACCCUCCUUCUCGAAGUCUCAGGCCAGCAGCUCAAUGGGUGAUAUGGAAUGUACACAACUAUGAGAAUUUUGCUGUUAGAAUUUAGAAAAUUAAUUUGCCAUGAUGCAAUACAUGCAGCAUGAACGUGUUGCAAUAAAAGAGAAAAAGAUAAAUAAAUUGAUAAUUUUACUCAAUUAAAUUGCAUUGUUAAGUAUUAGAUACAAAACUUUGGUACAAAGUUGACUUAUAGCAUUCCUUUUAUAGUGAUGUUAGAGAUUUCUUUAAUUAUAAUGUAGAGGUAUAUUUCCUUUUAAAGGUGAUGCGUUUUUCUCAUCUGUAUUCUGCCUUUGAUCAGUAUCAGAGAUUACCAGAUCAGUUAUUCCCUAACAGUAUGAUUCAAGGGGAGAGCAGUUAUUUCUCUCACAGAUAGUAGAAGUAAGCUCAAAUGUGAUUUCAAACUUUUAUUUCUAAUU